CGGACUUAAAUCGUAGUGUCAGUCCAUCAGCCAUUGUCGCACAUACAAAUUAUUAUAAUCUCCGAGUGGCUUAUUGUUACCACACAGCGCCGAUCUACCGCGGAACACGCCGCACAUUUCGAAAUAAUCUUAUAUAAAUACCGCAAUUGAACGUACAAAACCCUAGGAACAAGAUGUUUGUCCUGUCACAAGCCGUCGUCUCUGUGUUCGCUUUAACGGUAUUGCUGAACGUAUUCUACUUCGAUCCCACCCAAUCGGCGGAAACUCUUACAAACUUCACGUCGUGCGAAGAAUGCACGAAAGACGUAUGCCACACAGAGAAUAAUAACACGUGCAUAAUCCUCGCAGACACCACCACGUAUUCGUGUCUUCAGUGCAAUGCGACUCUUGAAAACGGUGACACCCAGUUCUACAGCCAAAGCGACUGCGAGGCGGCGUGUUCGCAAAAGGAAAAGUGUUUGUGCGACGGUGCUUGUUACGUGUGCGCCCUAACUACCGACGCGGCCACGUUGGCGGAAUGCACACCUCCGACUCAGAUGGUGAACGAAACUUGCAUUCCGUCUCCGUACGUACCUCCAACUCCACCAAGUUCUACACCACCAGCUGAGUCAUCGGGUUAGGUAUAAAAAAUAAAUAAAAUAAUUGCAAUUAUCUACAUAUUAAUACAUUCAAUACAAUCACAACGAUGACUUUUAUAUCACGGUAUAAGGUAUAAUGCCACACAAUAUUAUUGCAUACGAUAUUAGCCGCGUCAACGACUCUUUGUCAACAGAUCACAGAAAAUUUGUUUGUCUAUAAAAAAAAAAAUACCCAAAUCAUAUUAUUAUAUUAUUAUUCAAUUUUAUUGUAUAAUUAAUCUAUACAUUAUUAUUGUUAUAUUAUUAAUUUAGUUAAGUCGAUAAACUAUUGUAAAAUUAUAAUGUGUAAUCGGUGCACUUAUACCAUUAUAUGUAUUAUUGCAUGGAUAUUAAACUAUUACUCUAUCUCAUGAA